UAGACCUGUCAUAUGAACCGGAAGUAAAAUUAAAAAAACGCGCCAUAAAACCAAAACAGUUAUAAUGCAAACUAAUCUAAAGAAAUUUGUAAAAAGUAUCAUUAGUUCAUCUGACUUGAGUGUGUUAACAAAGCGCCAGGUGAGAGAUGCCUAUAGUCAGCAUGUUGGGAGGAAACUGGAAAGUUCAGAAAAACUGACCAUCAACAAACUUGUAUACCAAUACUUGGAUGAACUUAACCAGAGUAGUUCUUUCUCAGAUGGAACCUCUUUGAAUUCAUCUGUUAACUUGGAUAACAAAGAAAAUGAAAAGAAACAGGAAAAAGAGGAACAAAAUACAUCUUCAUGUGGUAAAGUCAUUACACCAAAGAAAACAAAAAAUGAAGGAACUCCAUCUAAAAUACUUAAAUCAGAAAAGAAAUCUUCCCAAAAAAUAGGUUCUCCACCUAAAGUAAUUAAGAAGGAUAAUCAUGAUAGUCUGCUGAAGAAAACCCCUCAAAUGAAAACAGGUUUAAGCAUAGAAAAAUCUGUAUCUGGUAACAAGUCUAGCCAAAAAAGGAUUGAUGAUAUACCAUUUAAAAACAAAAAUUCCGCUGAUAGUAAAAGCUGUGAAAAAGGAAAUGUGACUGUUAGUCCAGGAGGAACUAAACGUUUAAGUGCUAAUCAGGUGCUUGAUGCUGUUCUAAACUUGGAUGUUAAUGAAUGUAGCGAGGAAGAAGAAGAAGAAAUCAGUGAUGCAGAAAGUGAAGAGGAAUGUAGUAUAUCUGAAACAGAACUACACUCCUCCCCAGGAAAAAAGUUCAGCCAUAUGGUAACCAAUUCAGACGAUGAAAUGGACUGGAUACCAUUUGCUGAUGAGUCCCUGUCAAAAAGGAGAAGAAAUGUCAUUGAAAGUGAUUCUGAUGAUGAAGAUGAUGAGAAUGUAAUAAAUGAUAGGGCAUAUGACAGUGAUGAUGACAAGGAAGAAGAGAAGAUGGAAAAACAUAAAAGAAAGAAUAAUGAUACAAGAGAGAAAAGGAGAAAAAUUAAUAAAAAACAAAUGUCUGAUGACGAAGAAAGUCCUAUUAAAAUAAAAAAUACAGGAAAAAGUAAAGGUACUUCGAGAAAAAGAAAGAGUUUUAAUAUGGAUAGUGGAUCUGAGUCAGAACAACAUGAGAAGGAGGUCAACACAGUCUUAAAAGAAAAGAAAAAAAGAAAAACAAUAAAAAAAUAUGAAAGUGAGUCAGAAAGUGAUUUGAAUGACAUAGGAAAUGUAGAGGAAUCUAAAUCUAAACAUAAACAGGAGAAUGAAAAAAAGAACAAGACAAAAGGAAAUAAAAGAAAAAUGAUUUCAGAUAGCGAAAGUUCUGAAGAUAUCAACAGUGACAAUGAUUUUCAGGAGAAAAGGAAAGAAAAAACAAAUUUGAUCAACAGUAAAAAAGAAAAUAAAAAGAAGUCUGUUUCUAAAAACAAAGAAUCAUCAAAGGUCAAAAUUAGACAAGAAAAGAAAAGACAGAAGAUUGUAGAGGAUUCAAGUUCAGAGGAUGAAAUGUUGAUUAAUAUUUCUAACAAGAAAACUAACAGCGUGUCACAGGAUGAAGAAAAAAUAAAGAAUAAAGAACUUUCAAGUUCAGAGGAUGAAAUUUUGAUUAAUAUCUCUAAUCAUUCUAAUAGGAAAACUAACAGCGUGUCACAGGAUGAAGAAAAAAUAAAGAAUAAAAAACUUUCAAGUUCAGACGAUGAAAUGUUGAUCAAUAUUUGUAAUAAGAAAACUAAUAGCAUAUCAAGUGAUACAGAAAAAAGGAACAAUGUAAAAGGAGACUCUAUUAAAGAUUUAAAGAAAAGAAAAUCAAGCACUGACAUUCCAAAGUCUAAGAAUCGGUCUAAGAGUUCAGUUCUUGAUGAGGAAACAUCUGAUGAGGAACUACCUUUAGUCAGCAUUAAAAAGGUGACUUCUGAUGAGGAUGGGGACAGUAGUUCAGAAGAGGAAAGUAAACCAGUCAAAAGUACAGCAAAGCACAAAUCAUCAAAGCCUAAACAUGUUAAGGUGACUUCUGAUGAAGAUAGUUGUUCAGACAAAGAAAUUGAACCAGAAAAGAAGACAGCAAAGGUCACUUCUGAUGAAGAUCGAGGCAGUAGUUCAGAAGAGGAAAGUAAACCAGUCAAAAGUACAGAAAAGCCCAAAUCAUCAAAGCUGAAGGUGACUUCUGAUGAGGAUGGGAACAGUAGUUCAGAAGAGGAAAGUAAACCAGUCAAAAGUACAGCAAAGCACAAAUCAUCAAAGGUGACCUCUGAUGAGGAAAGUGACAGCAGUUCAGAAGAGGAAAAGAAACCAGUUAAAAGUACAGGAAAAAAGAAAGUAUCAAAGGUGACCUCUGAUGGGGAUAGUGACAGUAGUUCAGAAGAGGAAAGUAAACCAAUCAAAAGUACAGGAAAGAAGAAAACAUCUAAGAAAUCAACUGAUAAAACAAGUCCAGAACAAGAAAAUAAAUAUGUGAAAACACUGAAAAGUCUAUGUUCCCAAUGUGGUAAAAAUGCAGCAUUUCAUCUGAGGGGAUUAAAUACAAAUGGAGAGAAAAUUGUAAAGCUGAAAUCAAUCCUCCGAGAUCUUGGAAUGAAAGGUAAACCAAGUAAGGAACAGGUUCCAAUGGUUUUAUUGAGAAAGGAAGCAGCUGAACUCGAUUGUGACAAUAUUAUUGGUAAAGAAAAAGUGAUUGGUCAACGUAAUGCAAGAAGUAAAUACAACAGACAUGAUAGAAAACCACAACCUGUUGCUCCACAUGUGUCUCCUGUCAAAUUCAGUCGUAUAAAAGACCUGAUAGAAAGUGAAGAGUCAGAUUAAAUAUUUGUUUUAAGACAAACUUGAAGAAGAUAGUGCUAUUCAAUGGAAAAGAUGUAGCAUUUUUUUUUAUCAUGGAGAAUGGACAUUUAAUGAAAUACAAAAUGAUAUUGUCACCAUUAAUUAUAUUGAAGGAGUGUUCACUAAAAAAUGUAGAAGUAGUAGUUUGUGCUGUUUGAUGUGAAAAAUUGUGUUUGAAUGGAAAGUGUCCUCACAAUUAGAUUGUUUUAGAUUAAGAGAGCAGUUUUUCCAAACAAAGUCAUGGGCAUAUGGAUUUGUUUAUUAAACCAUCCUCUCUGUCUGUCUGUCCAGAACACAUUUGUAAAGCAUUUUUUCUUUAACAGCAGA